AUGACUUCGCUCCCCGGUGGCCUUCAAUCGCAACAGCCGACAGGUAUGCAGGUGCCUAUGAUGACAGGCGUUACGCCCAUGUUGGCUCCUGGCAACCAGCAGAUUGCUAUGCCAACAGGCAUGUACGGCAACAAUCUCGAUUUCAUGAACCGAAUGAUGCCCGGUGCAGCUCCGUCUGGUGGUCAGCAACCGCAGGAAUUCCAAGCUGUAUCGAGCAAAGUCAAGAUACCCUGGGCGGUGACGAGCGAGGAAAAGCAGCGCUAUUCAAAGAUUUUUAAGGCCUGGGACGAGGAAAAGAAGGGAUACUUGACAGGCGACAAGGCCAAGGAAAUCUUUACGCAGUCAGGACUUGCUCAGAAUGUAUUGAUGCAAAUUUGGAACUUGGCGGAUCCAAACAAUCAGGGCAAAUUGAAUGUGGACGAAUUCUCGGUCGCAAUGCACUUGAUUUACAGAAAACUGAACGGCUACGACGUGCCAACACACCUACCAACCGAACUGAUACCUCCAUCCACGCGCGAGCUUAAAGAGAGCGUCGACGGACUGAAGAAAUCCAUCUUGCAUGACAUUGCGCAAAAGCGCGGCAUUCGCAAUUUCAGCUCAUCACCAUCACUCUCGCCACCCACGCAACGUACGUCACGUGCUCGCUCUGUCAGCCCUGGACGCAAACCUGCAAAAGAGAAAUACAAAGACGACGACAGUGCAGACACAGCUUAUGUGUCGAGCGCACGACGCAUGGGCCCUGAUCGAAGCCGGUCAGGCAGCGUCACACCUACAGCAUCCAAAUCAUCUGGAGCAACAUCCAGCUACGGGUACCGCGGCAAACAGACCCGUAUCUCGGAUCUGCGCAAGCAAGUCAAGGAGCAUCAGCAACGGAUAAAAGACUUGGAACACGAGGCAGUGGCCAGAAAGGCCAAGCCUUACAAGGAGCUGUCAUAUACCGAGCAAAAAGAUAUCGACGACGUCAAGGCAAAAGUACGCGAGUUGCAGUCAGAGAUUGUACGAUCAGGCGGUGAUGAAGCUGGGAUUUCAUGGGAAAAAUACACGGCACGGACAAGCGAGUUGGCAGAGGCCGCAGAGCAAGAGAAAUCCUUGGAAUCCGAGGUCCAAUACUUGAUUGAAACGUCUAUACGCGGCCUUGUGCGACAGUUGCAUGAAACAGAGGAUGAUUUAGCUGAAAAGAAAAAGCAGCUGGCAAAGAACAAGGCCGCCAAGGCCAGUACGGCAGAGCCAUCGUAUGAUAUUGUGGGCACAGGACCGAAUGGUGAAGUGACAGAAAAUGACAAGAUCCGCGCCAAGGCAAAGGCUAUGGUUGCAGCCCGUAUGGGCAAGAUCACCGGCAAAUCAAAUAAGGUGGAUGUCACUGCAGAAAUUGAAGCGGCCGAAGAAGAGCGGUUGGCAUUUAUUGCUCAUGCCGACUCUGUAUCGACAUGUUUGAGCGAAUGGGAAGAUGCUAUCGACUCAAUCCGCAUGGAGACAAGUCUGCUUGGCCUGGAUAUCCGCAAACACGAGCAAGACCAGCGUGCCAUUGAUGAACGGCAUCGAUUCGAGUCUGGCGAAGGUGUUGCUGCCGAUUUGAAGGAGUUCAUUCAACAGCUGUCGUUCGAAACGGCUACAGCAAAGGCACCCGAUGUAGAUCCUAGCUUUGAAUCCCGUUUCCCAUCGUUUGAAUAA